AUGGGACUGUUGUACGCACUUAUGCAGCUGGGUCAGCGUUGUGACUGCACUGAACAUGAGCUGCUGUAUGAGCGUACCAUCUCUGGCCUGCGGGGGGAGCUCCACACCCUGCAGCAGAUUAUGCAGAGGAAGGAGAGCAAGCAGCAGGACACCGGCCAUCUGCCCCCCAUCUAUGUCAUCACCCCCACCUAUGCCAGGCUGGUGCAGAAGGCCGAGCUGACGCGUCUGUUGCACACCUUCCUCCUGGUUCCAGCGCUGCACUGGAUCCUGGUGGAGGACGCUCCACACAAGACGUCUCUGGUGUCCAACCUCCUGAAGAGCAGCGGACUCAGCUACACACACCUGAACAUGCUCACGGCACCACAGAGGAAGCUGCAGGAGGGAGAGCCAAACUGGCUGAAGCCUCGCGGGGUGGAGCAGAGGAACGAGGGCCUGCGCUGGCUGCGGGAGGACAGGCCGUCCACUGGGGGAGCCAGUGAGCAGGGUGUAGUCUACUUUGCUGAUGAUGACAACACCUACAGCCUACAGCUGUUCCAGGAGAUGAGGAGCACUCAGAAGGUGUCCGUGUGGCCUGUGGGGCUGGUGGGGGCCAUGAAGUACGAGAGCCCAGUGGUGCAGGGAGGACAGGUGGUCGGCUUCCACACGGGCUGGAGACCCUCGCGGCCCUUCCCUGUGGACAUGGCGGGCUUCGCUGUGUCCUUGCGCCUGCUGCUGGAGCGUCCGGAGGCCCGUUUCCAUGGCGACGCGGCACAGGGCUUCCUGGAGAGCAGCCUCCUCCAGGGGCUGGUCACUGUGGACGAGCUGGAGCCCAGAGCAGACAACUGCACCAAGGUCCUGGUGUGGCACACGCGCACGGAGAAGCCCAAACUGAAGAGGGAGGACGUCCUGCAGGCACAAGGCCAGGGCUCUGACCCCAGGGUGGAGAACGUGUUCACACUUGCCCGACACCAGGACCUCAGCUGGGGCAGGUGUGGCCUCAUGUGGCUGUGUGUGGAGCUGACCACAGGACAGGCCUGA